CGCCGGCAUCCCCCUUCCCAUCCCCGGGCAGCUCCUGCGAUCCCCUCUCCCGGGCUGGGCUGCCCGCGGGCAGGGCUGCCGCUGCUCGCCGCGCCGGGUGGGACCCCCUUCUCCAGCAGGCUCCCCCCAGGCGCGGCUUGGAUGUCUUGCGCUGGGGCAGAAACCGUCAGCCGUGCACAGCCAGGCUGGGAUCUGCUCCGUGGGAUGGGAUCUGGGAGCCCUGCGAGCUGGUGUGAGUCCCUUGUACCCUGCUGCUGGGAAAAGCACCGCGCGCCGGGCUCAGCGGUACUGCUGAGCUGCUUUGAGCCAUCUGGUUGCGUUCAACAGUCAGUUUCGAAGGAGAGCUUUUAAUUGCCAUGAAGGACUUCAGCCAGUGCUGCGUAUUUACCCUCACCCUCAGGGUUUCAGACACUUCUAAUGGACUGAUAACCACGGGACAGUGAUGGCACAGACACAGCAGGAGUUUAACAGUGGGAAGAUGCUGAUGGACAAAAAUGAAACUUGGCUUUCUAAUUUCUCCUCCGCUGCCUCCUCCUUUAUGAAAGGAGAUGGCAACUGGACAGGGAUCGGGCUCCAGGAGGUGGUCAUCGGGCUGAUACUAACCCUCAUUGACCUGAUCACACUCCUGGGAAAUACAAUAGUCUUCAUCUGCCCGGUGGUGGAGAAGAGGCUGCGCACCGUCACCUAUAUGUUUAUCAUGUCCUUGGCCAUGGCAGAUUUCCUUGUGGCGUGUCUGGUCAUGCCCUUUAGUAUCAUUUACGAGGUGACGGGGAUGUGGUUGUUCGGGAAGCUGUUCUGCAAAGUCUGGAUCUCCUUUGAUGUCAUGUUCUGCACUGCAUCCAUCGUCACGUUGUGCUUCAUUAGCCUGGACAGAUACUGCUCCGUGGUGACCCCCUACCACUAUUCAAAAAGGAUGUCCCGUGGCAGAUGCAUCAUGAUGACCUGCAUGGUCUGGGUAUACUCCUCCCUCAUUUCUUUCCUUCCCGUCAUGCAAGGCUGGAACGAGAUCCCCGGGGUGGACUUCGAUGCAGGCAGAGAAUGCAUCUUUGUCACCAACUGGAUUUUUGCCAUCGUGGCUUCUGCUCUGGCAUUUUUUGUUCCCUUCAUGGUCAUGUGUAGCAUGUAUUUCUUCAUCUACCGAGCUUCACGGCUCAAGGCCACUCGUAUCAUGUCUCAGACCCUGGAGAUUCACUACCACCCCAACAGCAAGCGGCAGAACCAUCUGCAGCUGGAGAACAAGGCCACGCGGACCAUUAGCAUUAUCAUUUCAGUCUUUGUGCUGUGCUGGCUGCCGUACUUUGUCCUGAACGUUUGGCUUGCUGCCAGAGGCACCGACUCCACCAGCACAGUCUUGGUUGACACCUUCAAGAUCAUCACUUGGUUAGGGUAUUGCAAUUCCACCAUCAACCCAAUGCUCUAUGCUUUCCUGAACCGGGACUUCCAACGGGCCCUGAAGAAGCUGCUCAUUUGCAGGCACAGGUCUCAGGUGGACAUUGGAGAAGACAUGGUUUCCAUAGCCACAUUUUCCAAGACUGCUCCAGACCUAGAAUAUAGCAUUACAGUGCCAGGGCCCAAUGGUGCCCUGAAGGGCAAACCCAAGUAAUAGGGAUGCAGAAUCAGUUCCUGGAGGUGGUGGUACAGAAAGUGCCAGAGCACAUCCUAAUGGAAAAUAACGGGUAGGAAAAUAGGGGAAAGAGGGGCUGGAAUGUUACAGCUUGGGGCAUACAAUGAAGAUGCAUCCCUUCAUCUUCCACAGUUUUACAAAUGAGGACCUUUGAUAUUUUAGGGGUA